GUGUCAUCCGCCUUGGAAACGGAAGUAAAGCAACGUACACAACGCUGGUGGAGAUCACACGUGGGUAAGCAAGUUUAUGAGAGUAAUGUUGAGUAGUCAACUUAAUUAGAAACAUGUCGAAGAGACAGGCAGCUAUGUUGGAAGCAAAUACCGUUUGUGAAGUGGAUCUCGGUGAGGAGGAGACCCAGGAUCCUCCGCCGGAGACCAGGCGGACCCGCAGCGGCCGCAAAGUGCGCACUCCUGCCGCGCUGCUGGACUCCAUGGCCUCGGUGAGGACUCCCACCCGGAGGACCAGGAGAUCCGUCCUGCACGAGAUGCCGGCUGAGGAGGAGAAAGACACGGAGAAUUCAGUGCCGAUACUCGAGAGUGUGGCCGAGGACAAGCUCCCUAUGUCUACCGAACCGGGUACCGUGCCCGCAGAGCCGCACACCGAGGCUGCAGCAGAUACAACCGGAGCCGCUGUUAUUAACGGAGACAGCUGUCUGUCUAGGCCUGCACCGGCAGAAACGGCACCCAGGAGCUCAGAAACCGUCCCGGCGAAGAAGCCUCGUUUGGGUUCAAGUGGUAAACUAACUCCGGCCAUUCCGCUGGGGAAACCCGCAUCUGGGAGGGUGUGGAAAGACCGCAACAAGCAGAGGUUCUCCGCACUGUUAAGAGAUAAACCGUUGUGCUCUUCAUGGGAAAAGAAGAUGGCAGCCAAGCGGGAGAAGGAGCAGGUGAAACAGUACACUUCGCAGCUUAAAGACGAGAAAAUCAAACAGAAAGAGGAUAAGAGAAAACGGAGAGAAGACAACUUGAAACGUCGUGCAGAGAACGAACGCAAAUCAGAGAUUGUUGAAGUGAUCAAGAACACAGCAAAGAUCAAGAGGAUGAAGAAGAAACAGCUGAGGAGAAUCGAGAAGAGAGACACUCUGACUCUGCUGCAGAAGUCUCAGAAGCAGAGUGGGAACCCCAAAGGUGGGAAACCCAAAGGGCGAAAAGGUCCCAAAGUUGCCAAAGAUUCAACCAAGGCUGAGAUAAUAAAAACAUAACUGUUCAAUACUUUGCCUACAUGUUUUACACCUGGGAGGACCUAUUUUCACAUGGACCCAAUGAAAGCUUUCUAAAGAGAGAUGUAAUACUGAGUCAAAAAUAAGGAUGCACAAUUAGUGUGUCACAUGGGCUCUGAGGAGAUCAACAGUUAAGAUUCACCUUUGUUUGUAUUGUUUCCUUUUAUUGAUGUACCUAUUUUCAAUAAAAAUUGAAUCAUUA